UCGCACUUUACCAAAAUAUUUUUUUCGUAAAAAGAUUUGGCGUAUUAUGGCAUCAUGUUAUGGUGAGUUUUUGGAGGAUGAUUAUUCAGGAGGUGAUGCUAGCUUUAUAGAAAAUAAAUGCAUUAAUACAUUAGAAAUUUCAAGAAUUAACUGCAUUAAAAAAGAAAGUUAUGGUUUAUUAAAGCCAGAAAGUCUAAUGAACUUCUCAAUAGUAACAUCAGAACAUGGUUCUUGUUUAUCUGAAAUCAAUUUUGAAAUAAGUGAAAAAAAUUCUAUCAAUGAUUGUUUCUUAAAUGAUGAUAAUGAUUCAAUACAAAAAGAUGAUAAUGAUUCAAUACAAAAAGAUGAUAAUGAUUCAAGAAAUGAUGAUAAUGAUUCAAGAAAUGAUAAUAACGAAUCAAUAAAAAAAGAUAAUGAUUCAAGAAAUAAUUCAAGAAUAGAAAAAGUUCAAAAAAAGAUUACACCCAAGAAUAAAAUGAAUGAUAAUGAUGCUUUCGAAAACGAAACAGUUAUACUCCUGGCUAAAUUAAGAGAAGCAGAAAAGGAAAAAGAAAAGCUUUUAGAAGAAAAUAAUUUGCUAAAAGAAAAUGAGGAAUUUUUGAAAAACAGUUUAAUGAACUUAAAAAAUUUGCAUCAUCAGAAAGUUGAAGAGUUAAAUAUAAAAUCUCAGUUGUUAGAGGCUCAAACUAAUGAGUUAAACAAAGCAAUUUUAAGGCAAUACCAGCUAGAGCAAGAAGUUAUGUUCUACAAGUUAGAUGCAAAAUGUCAAGACUUAAGUUUUGACAAUUUUGAACAGGAUCAUCAAACAAAUUACAAAAUUGAUGCAAUUAAUGGUGAUACUUUUACUAAAGAUACCAGUUUUAGAAUACACAAUAUUUCUGAGAAAGGGGCUGUGUCCAGUAAAUUGUUGUUUACUAAACUUACAUCAUUAUUUAAAAAAAUAUUGAAAAAUAGAAUUGAUGAAGAGCUUUUGAAAGAAAUCAAAGAGUUCCUGAAAUAUCUUCAAUCAAGACAAAUACAGGUACAGAGAUGCUUGCUUAAAGAAAAUGAAAUGACUGAGAUAAAAGUACAUAAAGAAAAGAAUUUUGUUGAAGAUGAAUGUUUUAAACUCAAAGACUUGAUGAAAAAGCAAGAUGAUAAACAUGCUUUUUUUUUAAAAAAAUGUAAUGCUGAAAAAGAAUUUCUUUUAAAAGAAGUUGAAACAUGGAAAACUCAAUAUUCAGCUGCUUCUUUUUUGAAUAAUCAAAUAAUGAGUUAUGUUAUUCAACUUACCAAAAGUAUAAAUUCUACAGGAGAGCUUUUAUUACCACAUCUUAUACAAAAUCCUGACGCUUAUAAACUCCUUAGUGAUCUUUGUGAAUGUUUCAAAGAAAAAUUUGAGUUUUUGCAUCAAUCAAUACGGAAUCAAGCAAACAAAGAUUUUUGCAAAGAGAAAGAAGAUUUACACAAAGCUAUUAAAAAUAUGAAAGAAGAAUUUGAUUUGAAAGAAUCUAACAUCAGAAUCCUCGAACAUGAAAUCUCUUUGUUAAAAUUACAUUUUUCUACAGAGAAAAAUGAAAUAGAGAAAAAGCAUCUUUUACUGCUAAAUGAAUACGAUGCUGUAGCUAAUGCUAUGAAACAGAAAAUUGAAGAGCUAGAAGAAGAGAUUAACAAACUUCAAUCAACUGUAUUAGAAUCUUCAGCAACACAAAUUUCACAAGACAAAAAUUUCACGGGUUAUAUCUCUAGAGGUUGCAAUUUAAAAUUAAACAAAGAAUUCUCCAAGUUAAGUAAAGACCUUCAUUACAAUGUUCAGCAUUUACAAAAUUUAAAGCAAAGAUAUGAAAAUGUAUUUGAAAAUCUUGCUAAAAAUUCAGAGAAAACUAUAGAUGCUCUUGAUAAAUUGUGGCUCCAAAUCCAGAAUGAUGUUGGGAAUAACCAGUUGACUUGUAGGUUUUUUAAUGAAAUAGCUAAAAUUAAAAAUAUGAUGAGAAAGCAGUUUUUACAAGUUGAACCAAAUAAAUGCAAGUGCUCAAUACAUUGCAUGAUAUCUGAUGUAACAAGAAACAAAAAAUCUUAUUGCUCGAAUACAGUGAAUACAGUUUCAUCAAAUACAUCAGUGGAGAGUGAAGAAUCUGAAAUUGUAAAAGAAGUCCAUGAAAAGUCUGUUUCUCCAAGUAUUGAUAUGAAUAACAAUGCUGUCAGAGAAUCACAACAUCCAGUAUUGUUUGAAUCAGUUAAACAGCUGGAAAAAAAGUUAUUGUUAAAUAGUUUUAAACAAAGUCAUAACAAGCUACGUUGUCAACUCAAUGUGUUAGAGUCAAAAUAUUCUACAAAAUAGUUAUGAAAGUUAUUUUUCAAAACUUAUGAAGAAUUGUUAUUGGAUGUAAACACUGGUGCACUUAAAAAAAACCUAAAAGUUCAUGCAAAGUAUGCAUGAACAAUAAUUUCUAAAAUUUAACUUUAUUUAUAAUUUUAAUUAUUAUUUAUUUAUUAAUAUAAGUUAUACUAUUAUUUUAGAAGUUUAUUUUUUAGGAAAAUAAAAAUUUUAAAAGUAUUUAGAUUGGUAUUGAGCAAAAAUAGAUAGACAGUAAUCCAUAAUGUCUCUU